AUGGCUGAAAGGAGGAGGAAUCUUGGGGCUGGAGGUGGCGGCUGCUGCGGGGCGCGGGGCGUGGGCGCCGCUGGAGUCGCGGCCGCCGACGAUGAGGUGCAGACGCUGUCGGGCAGCGUGAGGCGGGCUCCGUCCGGACCCCCCGGCGCCCCCGGCACCCCCAGCUGCGCAGCCGCUGCCAAGGGCCCCGGCGCUCAGCAGCCCAAACCAGCCAGCUUGGGCCGCGGACGGGGGGCAGCUGCCGCCAUCCUCAGCUUGGGCAACGUGCUCAACUACCUGGACAGGUACACCGUGGCAGGCGUCCUUCUGGACAUCCAGCAGCACUUUGGGGUCAAGGACCGAGGCGCCGGCUUGCUGCAGUCAGUGUUCAUCUGCAGCUUCAUGGUGGCUGCCCCCAUCUUCGGCUACCUGGGUGACCGCUUCAACAGGAAAGUGAUCCUCAGCUGCGGCAUCUUCUUCUGGUCUGCAGUCACCUUCUCCAGCUCCUUCAUCCCCCAGCAGCACUUCUGGCUGUUGGUCCUGUCCCGGGGCCUGGUGGGCAUUGGCGAGGCCAGCUACUCCACCAUCGCGCCCACCAUCAUAGGCGACCUCUUCACCAAGAACACGCGCACGCUCAUGCUCUCGGUCUUCUACUUCGCCAUCCCGCUGGGCAGUGGCCUGGGCUACAUCACAGGCUCCAGCGUCAAGCAGGCGUCCGGAGACUGGCACUGGGCCCUGCGGGUGUCCCCCAUUGUGGGCAUGAUCACAGGCACGCUCAUCCUCAUCCUGGUCCCGGCCACCAAGAGAGGCCACGCCGACCAGCUCGGGGGGCAGCUCAAGGUGCACACAUCAUGGCUCCGCGACAUGAAGGCCCUGAUCCGCAACCGCAGCUACGUCUUCUCCUCCCUGGCCACGUCGGCCGUGUCCUUCGCCACAGGGGCCCUGGGCAUGUGGAUCCCGUUGUACCUGCACCGCGCUCAGGUCGUGCAGAAGGCGGCGGAGACGUGCAGCAACCCGCCGUGUGGGGCCAAGGACAGCCUCAUCUUCGGGGCCAUCACCUGCUUUACUGGCUUUCUGGGUGUGGCCACGGGGGCAGGAGCCACACGCUGCUGCCGCCUGCGGACCCAGCGGGCCGACCCGCUGGUGUGUGCUGUGGGCAUGCUGGGCUCUGCCAUCUUCAUCUGCCUCAUUUUCGUGGCUGCCAAGAGUAGCAUCGUGGGUGCCUAUAUCUGCAUCUUUGUUGGGGAGACACUGCUCUUUUCUAACUGGGCCAUCACCGCGGACAUCCUCAUGUACGUGGUCAUCCCCACGAGACGAGCCACGGCCGUCGCCCUGCAGAGCUUCACCUCCCACCUGCUGGGGGACGCCGGGAGCCCCUACCUCAUCGGCUUUAUCUCAGACCUGAUCCGCCAGAGCACCAAGGACUCUCCGCUCUGGGAGUUCCUGAGCCUGGGCUACGCGCUCAUGCUCUGCCCCUUCGUGGUGGUCCUGGGCGGCAUGUUCUUCCUGGCCACGGCCCUCUUCUUCCUCGGCGACCGCGCCAAGGCUGAGCAGCAGGUGAACCAGCUGGUGAUGCCGCCCGCAUCCAUCAAAGUCUGAGGCCGUGCCUCUGGGACAGCGAAGAGCCCUCUCGGUCACCCUACUUGGGAGGCGUGCCACGGCACCCCGGCCCCACUGGGCCGCCUCGA